AUGGCGUUAGACCCGUCUAUAAAUGUGCUGGUGCCCCUUGUAAUAUUCCUGGAUCAGUGCCCGGAGGCGCCGGAGGUGACUGUACACGAGGGUGGCUUUGGGGCUGCGACUGGUCUCGCUGGUAGUGCCCUCAAGACUAAAGCAGCCUUCUUCAACUCAGCUUUCGGUGGAGUCGGUGGCGGCGCUGGCGGCUUGCAAGGUAGGACUUUGUCAGGCGUGGCUCACUCCGCGAUUCCGUCGCGUCGCAAGUACCGUAAAACGGGGAGCUACACGGGGUGGCAGGACCGAUCGCGGCUACAGGGCACAGGGAGGCGUGUACCCACAGGCUGCCGAUUUCUUGUUCAGGGUCUCACCGACGUCGUUGGCAACGCAGGCAGCAUCUUGGAUGAUGUUAUUCAUCUAAGAGUCCCAGCCAUUCUCGACGAUGGAUUCAACGCUAUCAUUAGUGUGGUCAUCUCCAUCGGAAAGAUCCUCAUCUGUAUCCUCGGAUCACCAGGCUCGAGUGGCAGCGUUUUUGGCAGAACCCCAGGCCGGGACAACACCCGCGACAUCCCCUACAUCUGCACGCCCAACUACGGCCGCAACUGGGGUUGCAGCUACAAUGGCGUCUACUACGCCAGCUCCAUUAUCAAGUACUACAAGGUCCAGAACGCCAGGCAGCAAGCCCUUCGCUACGUCGACCAGUACACUAGUGGCCAGGGAGUUGAUAGCUUGACCGGAUCACGCAGGAUUGUCGUCACCCACAUUAUCGAUCUCGCUACUAUAUUCGACAAGGGAUCAGUCAACUGGAGCGACGGUGACAUCACCCGUAUUGUUAUCAACAUGGGAUAUCAGAUCAUUGACCAAUGGAUUUCCAUCUUGAAGAAGAACAACAAGAACAAGAGAUUCCCAGAUCUGUCUAAGUACCGUGCUCAAAUCUUCGCCGCUCUCAAAGGUGCCAAAGAAGACCAAUGGGCAGGAUCCUUCAAGAGGUCCGGCUCCAACAGCGAAUCCAACAACAGCUCUAACAGGAGAUCCAACAACUAUUCUAGUGAGGAAUCUAACAACAACUCGAACAUCAGGAGAUCCAACAACGACUCUAGUGAGGAAUCUAACAACAACUUGAACAGGAGAUCCAAUAACUAUUCUAGUGAGGAAUCUAACAACAACUCGAACAGGAGAUCCAACAACGAUUCUAGUGAGGAAUCUAACAACAACUCGAACAGGAAUUACAACAACGAUUCUAGUGAGGAAUCUAACAACAACUCGAACAGGAGAUCCAACAACGAUUCUAGUGAGGAAUCUAACAACAACUCGAACAGGAGAUCCAACAACGAUUCUAGUGAGCAAUCUAACAACAACUCGAACAGGAGAUCCAACAACGAUUAUAGUGAGCAAUCUAACAACAACUCGAACAGGAGAUCCAACAACGAUUACAGUGAGGAAUCUAACAAUAACUCGAACAGGAGAUCCAACAACGAUUCUAGCGAUGAAUCUAACAACAGCUCUCAGAGGGGAUCUAACAACUCUAAUGAUAACGAAUCUAGCAACGACUCUAGCAGGGGAUCUAACAACUCUAAUGAUAAUGAAUCUAGCAACGACUCUAGCAGGGGAUCUAACAACUCUAAUGAUAACGAAUCUAGCAACGACUCUAACAGGGGAUCUAACAACUCUAAUGAUAACGAAUCUAGCAACGACUCUAGCAGGGGAUCUAACAACUCUAAUGAUAAUGAAUCUAGCAACGACUCUAGCAGGGGAUCUAACAAUAAUGAUAAGGAAUCUAGCAACAACUCUAGCAGGGGAUCUAAAAACUCUAAUGAUGAUUCUAACAACAGCUCCAACCUGGGAUCUAACUCCAGCAAUAGUAAUGGUAACGACUCAAGCCAAUCAGCCUCUGACUACGAUGACAGCGACAGCAGCGAAUACUUAAGGAAACGCGACCAAAGCGGAAAAUACAGUAAAGGUGCCGAAGAGAAUGCUCAAUCAAACAGCAGCUCCGGAAGCGGCAAAUCCGUUGUAAACAAAGAUGGAAGCUCAUCUAAGGAAUACAACUCAAACAACAAUGAGCAAAGCAACAACAAAAAGUCUUAUGAGAGCGGAAACAAUCGCUCCAGUGAUUUGGAGUACAGGAAAACUUCUGGUGAUGAUUGUUAG